GGCCUUCGGUAGGAAAGCACUUUUAGCGGCGGAAUAUAGUAAUGAGUGAGGUAGUAGUGGAGAACAAGGCCGAAUCCUAUAGCGGCAGCCUAAGCGGUUUUCGCUCAUUGGGCCACCACUCUGCUCUCCAUUCCCCGAGGAGCGUCCCCCUCACGCGUCCCUCCGGCAACCCAAUCUUGCCUCUGUUUUGCUUCAGCUGAGGCGGAGGCGGAGGAGGAGGUAGUGUUAGACGGAGUAUGCCUACUCCACAAUCGGAGAGGCGGCCGCCGCGGCAAGUUCGGCAAUCACCGGGCGGUCCUGGGGCGUCGGCUCGCCCUACUAAGGUGAAAUUGAGGACUCUGCUUCGCGUGGCGUCGGUUGCCGGCGGAAUUCAGUUCGGAUGGGCGUUGCAAUUGUCGCUGCUCACGCCGUAUGUGCAGGAGCUCGGAAUACCGCAUGCCUGGGCGAGCAUCAUCUGGCUGUGCGGUCCGCUGUCCGGUCUCUUCGUGCAGCCGAUCGUCGGACACGUCAGUGACCGCUGUACCAGCCGAUUUGGCCGCCGCCGGCCGUUUAUACUUGCAGGAGCAGUUUCUAUCGUUGUUGCCGUGCUCGUUGUCGGUUUUUCCGCCGACAUAGGUUGGCUCUUCGGCGAUCGUGGACAGAUUAAAAUUCGCGCUAUCGUAGCGUUCGUCUUCGGUUUCUGGAUCCUCGAUGUCGCUAACAAUAUGACGCAGGGGCCUUGCCGUGCACUCCUCGCUGAUCUAACGGAAAAGGACCAUAGGAGAACUCGAGUGGCGAAUGCAUAUUUUUCCCUAUUCAUGGCUGUUGGCAACAUACUUGGAUAUGCUACUGGAUCCUACAGUAACUGGUUCAAGAUUUUUCCCUUCACACUUACUCAGGCCUGUGCAGUUAACUGUGCUAAUCUGAAGUCGGCAUUCAUUAUUGAUACUAUUUUUAUUAUAGCUACUACUUUUAUUAGCUUGUCUGCCGCCAACGAACUGCCCCUCACUUCUCAUAGUAUCUCAUCUCAUUCUGGUGAAGAAACUUCUCGAAGUUCUUCUGAGCACGAAGCUUUUAUGUGGGAACUAUUUGGAACUUUUAAAUAUCUCCCAGGCGUUGUUUGGGUGAUUCUUCUCGUUACUGCCUUGACAUGGAUUGGGUGGUUUCCUUUUCUUCUUUUUGACACUGAUUGGAUGGGGCGGGAAAUAUAUGGUGGUGAGCCAAAUGUUGGGAAAAGGUAUGCUGAUGGAGUUAGAAUGGGUUCACUUGGUUUGAUGUUGAACUCUGUGGUGCUUGGGAUCACAUCGGUAUUUAUGGAAAAGCUCUGUCGAAAAUGGGGUGCUGGUUUCACUUGGGGCAUUUCAAAUAUUCUAAUGUCUCUUUGUUUCGUCGGAAUGCUCAUUAUUACCGCUAUCAGGAGCAGUUUGAAUAUAGGCUUCAAUCCUCCCCCAGAUGGCAUUGUCAUAGCGUCGUUAAUCGCAUUCACUGUUCUUGGUAUCCCAUUAGCUAUAACAUAUAGUGUUCCAUAUGCAUUGGUAUCCACACGUAUAGAAGCUUUGGGCCUUGGCCAAGGGUUGUCUAUGGGAGUUUUGAAUCUGGCGAUUGUAAUUCCACAGGUUAUCGUGUCAGUUGGCGCCGGUCCAUGGGAUGAGCUAUUUGGUGGCAGCAACUCCCCUGCCUUCGUAAUUGCAGCAUUGGCUGCAUUCAUUGGCGGGCUUAUUGCCAUCCUGGCAAUUCCCAGAACAAGAGUCGACAAACCCAGAAUGCACCAUUAGAUUUAACAUGAUCCACCUUCAAAGUUUCUGGCAAUGAAAAAAUAAAAAAGACAUAUAGAAAGAGUUGGUGCAUGAGAAUAAAGAGUUAGAAGACAAUCUUCGAUAUGUACACGUCAUAUAAUACCAGUGCCAGUGCCGCGGUACUGCAAGGGAUUGGCAGCAACAAAGAUUGCAGAAAAUGGCCAUAUGAAAAGAAUGGAAAUAGACAAGGUCCUUGGCAGUCAUGUGAAUGAAGUAAGUUUCUUUUCCUUCGUAUUAUCUAUUUUUGGUUUCUUCUCUAUGCCACAAAAAAUGUUAAGAUACAUACAUAUGUUAUAUGUACAUAAUCAAAUGUGAAAAUACUAUAGCUAGUUGUAGUGUUGAGUUUUCAAUUUUCGGUUCUA